CGUUCCAGGUAGUCUGUCGUGGCACCCCGUACCGGACCGCAUACUUGGUUGGGAUGCAGUCGAUGAAGGGGAAGGUGUCUAUGGCUUACACAGUUGGGUUUAGGUUGGCCCGGCCCAUUUCAAGCGCUGCCUAUGGAACGUUCAUGAUGGAUGGUCCCGUCGAGAUCCCAUCUUGGAUCCAGGUAUGGAGCUUUCCCAACCUCGCAAGAGCAACCCAAGGGCAGUUUCCUAAAUAGUCAGCCACGAGCAUCGGCACAAAACUUGAACCGCCACACUCUUGAACAGAUCGAGGCAGGAACACUCAACAGCGCCCAAUCACCAGUUGCCCGUACCUGGCUUCCGUUCUCGCCAAGCAUCGAGUCUGCAUUAUUUUCUCCGACUUGUCGUGUUCUCGACUCUCGAUCGAAGCAGCCAAGCACUCGCUCACUUACACAACUGUCUCACAGCUUGUGGCGCCUUCAGCUUCUCGCAACCCUUCCUGCUUCUCGGUGUGUAGCCCGUUCGCUCCGCAGCUCCACAGCGAUUGCCAACUUCAUUUCAGCCGGAAUUCGAAUUCGUGAUUUGGGGCGUCGUUUUUUCGAAUUUAGGAUAUUUUGCCGCGUCAUCCUCUUUGCGGGAAUACCAAGCUUUCGACAUCAGAUCCUCCCCCGUGCUCCAGAUCUGCCGGAAAGCAGCCGCCAAUACAUGCGGCUGAUCGUUGCAGUUUGCGCCCUGAUCCGACCCUUGGUUGCAGCCGAAGGCAAUCGUAUCGUCCGAAGAACCUGGUCUCUGCAGAAGGCGGCAAGUCGCUUUGGUCAGCCAGCCCAUCGGCUGAGUUCCUCCUGCGCAGACAUGGCUGAUCAGCACGCGCCUUGCCGCAUCUCCCGCCUUCUCCUUCGUCUCGACCUUCUUGUUUUCGAGCUCAAGAUUGGAAGGAGCUUGCGGCUCGAGGACUUCCGAACGAUCUGCUCGUAUUAGACCCGGGACUGCAUCGAUUGCUACCACUCGCUUGUUACCACUGGCUGUCUUUUCAAUA